CAGAGCAACCCUAUCGACAGGACUUCCGUGUGCGUUUGCUUUGAGAGCUGACCUGUGGACUGAAACUGGAAUAUCUUAGCGCAUAGUUCUCGAGCAUCUCUAUUAAAUCAUCAGGUACUGGCAAUAUUUCAUCGACUGAAAAGCGAGAGCAGCAAUGGGUGCUCUCGGGAACGGGCGGCGAGUUGGCCGGUCCCCCCCACUACUGAUUGCUGCUUUGACCACAUGCAUCCUCGUCUUGGGAUUUAACUACUGGGUAUCAAACUCCCGCAACACUGAACUACAGGCGCAAGUGUAUGAGUUGGAAGCGCGUGUGCGGAGAGGUGAGGCAGACAGAGAGGAGGUCUCCCAAAGAUGGGAGGAGGCCGAGGAGACCAUGAGACGCCAGAGUCAGCAGAUCAGAGAGCUCGAGGAGCAGCACCAGAGACAAGAGGCCACGCUUCACAUCAAUGUAUCGUCUUGCUCCAGAACUGUACAGGACAUGAAGAACCAGCUGAAGUCUCUGUCUGAUGAUGUGGAAAAGCUUCAAAAACAGCUGAACACGUGUCAGAGCUCUGUGAACACACUCAACAAAAAACUCACCUAUGAUACUGCCCAGUGUAACGUACAGAUCCUGGCCGUGAAGGAGGACUGUGAGGAGAGGAUGGCUGCGGCUGCUAAGGAUGCUCAGAAAAGGCAAGAGAAGAGCCUACAGACAAAUCCUGCCGUGUCUCCCCAGAAAGACACCCCACUCGUUGUGGGCAACCUUAGGUCCAAUGUUGAGGAUUCAGCCAACGGUACAGUCCAGAAACCCGAACAGCCCACCCAGUCAGCGGGCGACACACAGGCUGACCAAGCCCUGAACCUCACCGAGCUGAAGACCAAUGACAUCGUGGUCACUGAGGGUGGGUCACCCACUCAGAAGACGCCCGCUGCCGAGGUGAAGGACAACGUCAUUGCUCAGGAACUGGGCGGGGACAUGAGUGUGAUUGGCCAGAAGGAUGAGCAGCCCCCCAAGGCCACUGCCAAUCCUGACGCAGCGCAGGCGGCAAAACUCUCACUGACUGGAGAGGAAGCGCUGAUGCCUGGUGAUGGUCCAGUGGAGUACACAGACCAGACGGAGGCAGACAACACAGAGAAAGACAACAUUGAUGAGUAUGAAGACAACGAGCCGGAAUCUGAGGACGACAAACAGGCAGCCCUUGCCCAAGACUGAGACCACACCACAGACUCCCUUGCACACACACUUGCACACACACACACACACUCACGAGGAGGUGAGGUGACAAGCAUUUCCUGAGGCUUCUAGUGGAGCCUCUCACUUUAAAACUGGACCCAUGGUCUCACUCCUGGACGCUUUUCAAGAACUCCUGUUGUUGUCUUUUUUUUUUUUUUUUUAACUUGAUGUGACUGAUUUGUUGUAGUUUGGUUGUAGGCGACUCUUUCUUUACUUUGAAGAAUGGCUUAAGAUAAAUGAAUGGCUUUUCCAGCACAUUGAAUGAAGAGGGAGGCCUCGUUUUGGAUCAUGAACAAAUCUCUCUUCCUUCCCACUCCCUUAAACCAAGCUGUGGGCUCUGAUUCAAGCCCAACCCAACUGGAGUCCAAUUUGAAGACAAGACACUGUAAAUCUUUUUUAUAUUAAUUACCAAGUCUUUUAUUCAACAUUGAAAUGAACUUCCGUUGUUGUGUGAAAUUGCGUAUUAGGCAGCUGGGAUGAUUGACUGUUAGAUGUUUUGUCUGUAUGUUUAUUUGUGAUGUCUUUGGAGUGUUGAGGAGAAUAAACAACCUUCUUGGGGGGGUUCGGA